AUGUCGGAUCCACAAUACGGUCCAAUAUCAGCGGGUAUAAUCCGUUCACUAACAGAUAAAGUGUAUGAGCGACGAAAAGCGGCUGCACUGGAUGUUGAGAAAUUGGUGCGAGAUUUGUUCAACUCAAAUCAAUUGAGUCAAUUGGAUAAGUGUUUGACGGUUUUGGCGGAAUUGAUUGCGAGUGGAAAUCCGAAUCAGAGAAAAGGAGGGUUGAUUGGAAUGGCUGCGGCGGCUAUUGCUUUAGGGAAUAAGGUAGGACACUUACCUUAG